AUGUCGGCGACUAUCUUCAGCCCGCCUAUCACACCUACGACGACCGCCUUUUCGACGGUUUUUGUCCCCCAGCGACCGCUUCCGCAUAUCGCCCGGCGCUUUGCGAAUGGCACCUUCACCACUGCCUUCAGCACCAGCUUGAGCGCCGAGGGGCCAGGCUGCUCUAGUUUCAACGGCUUCCAGACAUGCACUGCAAAUGGCGACUACGGAAACUGCCUUGCCAGCACCGAAGCGGCUGCAUGCAACUGCAACUACGGGAUGCAAUAUCUAGGCUGCGUCUCGGGCGCCAUCGCCGCAUCUACUUGCGCAGGAGCCGCGGGCAUCAACGACUGGGAUGCCUACGAACGGUCAUGGUUUCAAUCUUUGUGUCCAACGCCUCCCAACACGGUCAUGACACAACUUGCCCAGCCAUCCACGGUUGCCGUUGAGUAUGAGUCCAUCGAGUUCGUCACGCCUCAGGGUCCCAUAACCGACCCUCCCCGCCCCAUUGCCACGCCCAACCCCCCAAAUGACGGCAAACUGCUGGCAGGCGAGUGCGAGACAACCUCCUACACGCUGCUCAACGCCGAAGACAUGGUUAUCUACGCGCCCAUGAUAGGGUGCAACGCCGACCGCCCGCAAUGCUGCCCCUUCAACGUCUCCGCCGCCGAAGCCCCUGGAGGGAACCGGAUAGUGGCCGCAGGCCCGGGCGAGCUCCCUGUCCCUGCUUCCAACGCAAAGGACAGACUGGACAAGUGCCCGCAGGAUUACUACCGCGUCUCGGGGCUGUGCUGUCCCAAUGGCUACUUCAAGUUCACACGCCAAGUCGCCUUCCAGACACCCUGCUUCAGCUACCUCUCCGAGACAGCGAACCCGCCUCCCAUCACGCUCGGCCUGGCCAAGAACCCGACAGAGACGUCGCUCCCCACGUCGGCAAUCGUCAACCUCAUCUGGGCCAUGUCCUUCAACGUGACGCAAGAAGAACAACCCCGGGCGCUGUCCACGGGCGCCGUGGUGGGGAUCGGCGUGGGGACGGGCAUCGCCGCGAUCCUCGCCGUGACCGCGAUUGCCUUUCUGAUCCUACGCUGGCGGCGGAACAAGAAGAAGGUCAGUGAGGCGCAGCUGGGAGGGCUCGAGGACACGCAGCAGCAGGGCGUGACGUACCAGUCGGGCUAUCACGCUCCGCAGGACAACAGGAUCGUGGAGGAGCAUCAUAGUCAUGGCGGGUUGAGAGAUACGCAGCAUCAUCAGGGCAUGGCAUACCAUUCAGGGUAUCACGCGCCGCAGGGGAGCUCGCCGCCGGUGGCCAUGAAAGCUGCGUAUGCGGGGACUGGUGGUGGGGCAUGGGAGCCGGGGUACGCGUAUCGGUCGCAGGGCAUCGGCUACGAGGGGUACUCUAGGACAUAG